AGUGUCAGUUGUCUCCUGCCAUGUUGUAAACAAACAUCCCCAACACGUCUCUGAGAGCACCGCUCGUGUUGUUGUUGUCUGUUUAUUGAGUUUUUGGACCAAAUAGUCAAGAUGCCUCGUGUUAUGAUCAAGGGAGGUGUGUGGCGGAACACUGAGGAUGAAAUCCUCAAAGCAGCUGUUAUGAAAUAUGGCAAGAAUCAGUGGUCGCGUAUUGCAUCACUGCUUCACCGCAAGUCUGCUAAGCAGUGCAAGGCCCGGUGGUUUGAGUGGUUGGAUCCGAGCAUCAAGAAGACGGAAUGGAGCCGUGAAGAAGAUGAGAAGCUACUGCACUUGGCUAAACUUAUGCCGACGCAGUGGAGAACAAUUGCUCCCAUCAUUGGUCGUACAGCUGCACAGUGCUUGGAACGUUAUGAAUACUUGCUAGAUCAAGCCCAGAAAGGGGAAGAUGAUGAAAGUGUUGAUGACCCACGAAAACUUAAACCAGGUGAAAUUGAUCCAAAUCCUGAGACAAAGCCUGCCAGACCCGAUCCUAAAGACAUGGACGAGGAUGAAUUAGAAAUGUUGUCGGAGGCUCGUGCUCGCUUGGCUAACACGCAGGGCAAGAAGGCUAAGAGGAAGGCUCGUGAAAAGCAACUUGAAGAGGCAAGGCGAUUGGCUGCCUUGCAAAAACGUAGAGAACUUAGAGCUGCCGGCAUUGAUCUACCUCAGAAGCGUAAAAAACGAAAAGGAGUUGAUUACAAUGAAGAAAUUCCAUUUGAAAAGACACCAGCACCAGGAUUUUAUGAUACUUCGCAAGAAGCGUAUGACCCUAUGCAACCCAACUUUAAACGCCUUCGGCAGCAGCAUCUUGAUGGAGACCUGCGGUCUGAAAAAGAAGAUCGGGAGAGAAAGAAGGACAAACAAAAGUUAAAGGACCGCAAAGAGCAAGGUGUUCCAAACUCGGUGUUUGAGAAUGGUGAGGCUAAAACCAAGAGGAGUAAAUUGGUACUGUCUUCGCCACAGAUAUCUGAGGAAGAAUUAGAGCAGGUUGUAAAGUUGGGAAAAGCUUCAGAAGCUGCAAGAGAGCUGGCAGAAGAAGUUGGAGGAAGUGGUGCAUCCCAGGCCUUGUUAGCUGAAUAUAAUGUGACUCCCGGUCAGGCCAUCCGCACUCCUCGCACCCCAGCUGACAUGGAUCGUGUAAUGCAGGGAGCACAUGACAUAAUGGCUUUGACCCAUGUUGAUACACCACUGAAGGGUGGCAUGAAUACCCCCCUCAACCAGCAAGACUUUGGUGGUGUUGAACCCAGCAAAGCAGUGAUUCAAACUCCAAACAGUGUCUUAGGUACUCCAUUUCGAACACCCUCUGGCACUCAGAUAACUACCCCGGGCCGCACACCUGGGGCUCUGACACCCAGAGGUCAACCACUACCCCCAGGAUCAACUCCAGGUGCAACACCAAUCAGGGACAAGUUAAAUAUAAACGAGGAAGGUGCUCUAGUACCCAUAGACGAUCGCCAGGCUCUCAAAGCAUACCAGCGUAAUAUGAGAGAAGCUCUUCAGUCAGGCCUCAAAUCCCUCCCAGCACCCAAGAAUGACUUUGAAAUUGUUGUACCUGAUCAGGACGACGGCCAACCUGGGGAUGAAGACAAGGAUCGAGGAGAACCUCAGGUGGAAGACCAAGCCGACUUGGAUGCCAGGGCCGUGGCAGACGCAGCUGCCCGUCGUGAUGCCGAGAUGAAAAAGCGAUCACAAGCAGUACAGAGGAACUUGCCACGUCCUCAAGAAGUGAAUUCGUCGGUGUUAAGGCCCAUGCACGCUGAUAUUCACCUCUCAGAUCAACAGAAAGCAGAGGAAUUAAUAAAGCGUGAGAUGGUGACCAUGCUCCAUUACGAUGCCUUACACACCCCAGCUGGCCCACCAAGCCGUAAAGGUGGCGUAGCAGCAGAGGCGCAACAUCGCGAUCACCUAGAGAGACAUCCAUAUAAACGGUUCAAUGAAAAUGAAAUCGAAGAGUCAAAAGAAAUGCUCAAGAUGGAAAUGAAUGUUGUUAAGCAAGGAAUGGGCCACGGUGAUCUUACGCUGGAUGCUUACUCUCAGGUUUGGGAAGAGUGCUUGGCCCAAGUAUUGUUCCUACCAAGUCAGAGUAAAUACACUCGGGCAAGUUUAGCCAGCAAGAAGGACAGGAUUGAAUCUCUGGAGAAGCGAUUGGAACAGAACAGACAACACAUGGCCAAGCAAGCUAAGAUUGCCGCUAAAUUGGAAAAGAAACUCAAAAUAUUAAUGGGUGGAUAUCAGGCACGGGCUGCUUCGUUGGCUGCAAGUCUCCAAGACUGUGUGGCUCAAGUGGAAACUGCUUUAUUGGAACACUCCACAUUCACCUUCCUAAAGCAGAUGGAAACGAUUGCCAUACCUCGUAGGUUAGCGACCAUCUCUGAGGACGUUGCACGACAGACAGAGCGGGAGAAAGAGCUUCAGAGGAGAUAUGACCUAUUGCAGCGCAUGCUUCAAGACCUCAAAGGGCCUACAGCCAAAUCUGUUGAUGAUAGUCAAUAGCUUAGGAUUAUCUAUAUUUUUGUAAAAUAUUUGAAGUUUUGUAAAUCAAUAGUGCUUUUAUUUGUAAUGCUGCAAUGAAGUAUACUCUCUCUCAAUGAGUAAUAUUUUCACUUUUUCUUUUGUUUUCCUAUUUCAUUUACUUUUCUUUACUACUAUUUUUUACUUACACAUUAUACACUUUCUGAAGCACCCUUCAUUCAGGUCUUUCUAUACAUUCUUGUUUUUUAGCGCAAACAAAUGGCAACUGGUUUACAUGUAUGUGAAUUCUAUGAUUGACAACAUCCCAGCCUGUGGAAUUCUUCAGCAAAUAUUUUAUAUAUUCAACUCGUAUGUUAAUAUUUGAAGCCAAUUAAAAUGUCAAAAGAUGAUCCUGCUUGAGGUUGCCACCCAGUUUAGGGAAGAGGAGUGUCCAGAAAAAAUAAACAUCUAAAGAUGUUCUGUAAAAUAUAUAGGUACAAACUGCUGAACGGCAUGACAAGAGAAUGCUAAGGAUACAAAUUAAAAUUUAACUUGGAGAGUAAAAUGUAACUUGUAGUAUGUUUCACUGGUUUUGUAGUCUGUGUUUUUAUUAUUGUAUAUGCUCAGAUAGCCAUGGAAUCAUAAUGUAUACAUGUAUUGAUUGAUCAGUAAACCCAAGCAUAUGAAAAGGGAAAGUGACAACAUUUUGGUCAGUCGUGGACCCUUAUCAUGCAACUUGAUAAGGGCUCCUGACAGACACGAAUGUUGUAACUUCCUUUCUUUUAUAUGUGUGGGAUAGAUUAAUAAUUUUCAGCCACAUUAUUAUUUACAUUGAUUUAUUGAUUAUUAGAAUCUUGGCCCAAGUCAGGCACUGAACCAUGUUGAUUUUACAUUCAUAUUAACUUUUCUUAACUUCAAACUAUUUAAGAAAUGCAUUUGGCAUUAGUAGAUGAGAAAUAUAAAGGAUUUGAGUUUAUAUGAAAAGAUCCUUUCAGAACACUAGUCAGGACAGGGGAUGGCACACUGUACCGAUAGCAAGCCCCUGCAGGAUCAUACUGGUUCUAGGGAGCAUUGGAGAAUAUUAUCCAGCGGUAUGAGACCUCCAUAGGAAACUCUCGAGAGAAAUUGCUUCCCCAAGAACUUAAGAUCAAACAUUACUGCUGAGUAGUGUUCUGGUAAUUUAAUAAAAUAUAGAAGAAUUCCUAGGCCACUGUUCCCAAUCAUCACCAAGUAGUGGCACUACACCCACAACGUAGUACCACAGUUGGAUGCAGUCAUCUGCUACUUGAUGCAUGCAAAAUUUCACGCACAAGUGAAUAGGUAUUAUAGGGAGGGAUCAAGGAUUGUGCUUUUUAUAUGAGCUCAAAGACUUUCAAAGGUAAAUACUGAAAGUACUACACUGUAUAUCUGAAAUGGAGGUGAAGUGAUGUAAUUACCUAAACCAGAAUAGGGGAAGGCUCGCCUGAAUUGUAGAGCAGUGGCAAAGAUUCGUGCAUGUCCCACAGCAACCAUUAAUGUGAGAGUGAUGGUGAGAGCACAGGACUCCCUGCCAGAAGCAAAUGAAUACUUACCUCAGAACAAGCAUGCUUGUGCCUCCAGCAGGGAAGCAUCGAUAUAUAACGGGUAGUGAAGAUAUAGCUGCACCUCCAAGUUGGAGGACAUGGCAGAGAAGAAUAACUUGAAUGUGGCAAACUUAUAGCAGUUAUCAGCUCCAGAUAAAUCUGUGUUUCUAUGAAGCAGCUGGGGGAGAUGUCUUUUAGUACAGUGUGAGGGUUAAGGAAGAGGGACUCGACAGCAAGUAGCAAGAAGCCAGAAGAUAGUAAUGCAGGUAAUGCAAGGUUAUAAUACAUUACACGAGCCACAAAGCAACCCUGAAAAAUUACAAUGCCCUGGCAAAAAGAUAACUCUACCAUGGAUUUGAAUGUGUCUCUCCCCCAAAAGAACCACUGAUCAAAGCACACAUGACCAUUAUCAAGUCAUCAACGUACACAGUUCAGAAACUGUUUUGCAUCUCCAGAGAAAACAGGAAAAAUUAUGCCACACAAAUCCUCUCCACAUAUUGGAAGUCCAAUGUGUGUCAUCAAAGACUUUGCUAGCUGUUAAUGAUGAAUGAAUAGUACGAGUAUUUAAAAAUGGUUAAAAAAAAAUCUCCAACAUCCUCUGGAAAAAAGAAGGCAGCAGUAACAAGUGAAAAUCAUAAACUGUCUCCAACCUGCAGUGAAUGACCAGAGUGACCAUUUUGGCCAAAGCUACAGUUGCUACAACUACAGAAAGGUCACUCGCUUUAUGCCUAAAAUCUAAGUUUGAUUUAGACUAUUGUACACCUAUUUAGUCCAGUCAUCAUUGUAAUGAUCUGUGUAAGUAGUUACGAAUAAAGCUUCUGAUUCUGAUAAUGAUAAUGUCUAUGUGCUCUGCUGUUAUAACACAUAAUUAGUGUACUGUCAUGUUUAUGUAAAAUUUCUCAAAUAUAAAUGUACAGUCAUUUAUGAAUAAAAAAAAUAUUUAA